AUGACGCAGAAGCAGACCCUGUUCAAGGGGCAGAGCAAGAAGAAGACCAUCCCUCCCAACCGCCACGGCAAGGCGCCCCAUGUUCGUAAAGGGAAGAGAGCCGUCAAGCCCACCAAGUUCACCAAGGACAUGGACGCCGACAAGGAACUGACCAAGUUCAUCAACCAGUGCAACGAAAUAAAAGCUGCGAAUAUUGCUAGCAAAGAGGGCGGUGACCUCAACAUAGUGAAGGCAGAUGGCGAUCAAUCUAAAUCAAAGAAGUAG